UUAUAAACUUAUUUUUCUUUUGAAACGGCGUCGUUGGCUCCUGAGAGUCUAGAAAAAUAUCAAGUUGCAACAAUCUCCUUUUUAUUUUUCUUCCACAAAUCACACCUCUUCGUCGCACUAUCUUAGGGUUUCGUAUUUGGCUCUUCCCGAGGAAUCGAUCUUGCGCAGUUACAGGUGCUUAAAGCAAUGGGAAAGAGGAAGUCAAGGGCGAAGCCUGCUACUACUAAGCGUAUGGACAAGCUUGACACUGUCUUUAGCUGUCCUUUCUGCAACCACGGCUCUAGUGUCGAAUGCCAAAUUAACAUGAAGGAGAUGAUUGGUAUUGCAACUUGUAGAAUCUGUGAAGAAAGCUUUAGCACCACCAUCACAGCUUUGAGUGAAGCUAUAGACAUCUAUAGCGAAUGGAUUGACGAGUGUGAGAGGGUUAACACUGUGGAAGAUGAUGUUGAGCAAGAAGAAGAAGCCGAAGAAGAAGAAGUAUAUGAAGAAGAGGAAGAGGAAGAGCAAGAUGAUGAAGAUGACCGUGUGUCUGUCAAAAGGAAGUUUAACUACCGAGAUGACUAAUCUUUAUCGAAAAACCAUGCAAGUCCUUGCCUUUGUACUCUAGUAUCUAUCUAUCUGUCUGAGGAGAUUACAAGAACAAUCUGUAUUGUUUUCUCAGUGUAUGAUAGACAGAAGACCAGUUUGUGAUCAUUACAUUUAGUAAAACACAAAACAAAAUCAAGAAGCUGAAUGAAUGCAUUCCCUUA